AUAAGCGGAAGUGCGCGCACUGCAGACGCUGACAGACGAAAAUGCGUUAGGACCUCGGAGAAACUGGCGUAUGACUUAAUUAUAAAGCGUAGUCUAUGGAUCUGUAACACGAGUUGCUGUUGGAAAUGUGCUAAUGAAAGAAUAGCUCUUCCGUUGAACUGACACUGUUUCCAUUUCACCAGCCUACCUGAGAACAUACAGUAUUUGAAUGCGUUUGGAUUGCUCGGCUGGCGCGUUUCUCGAGUUAUGGGCUCUUUACAGUCGUUACCUGAUGAACCAGAAUACAGAGAUUUGCAGCAAAAAACGGGCUUUUCCUUCGAGCAGAUUGGAAUCUUGCACAAAAGAUUCAAGCAGUUGAGCCACAAUGAAGACAAGCUGAGGAGAGAUGACUUUAACACAAUUCCGGACCUGGCAUGCAAUCCAAUUCGAAACCAAAUUAUAGAGGCCUUCUUUGAUAAAAGAAACUUCCAUCAGAACGGUGAGGGGACAGUCCAGGAGAUUGGCUUUGAGGAGUUUCUGGUGGUCAUGUCCCACUUCAGACCUCCAGCACUGAACAUGACAGAGGAACAGAGAGAAAACAUCAGGAGGGAGAAACUCCGCUUCCUGUUUAACAUGCAUGACACAGACAACGAUGGAACGAUCACUUUGGAAGAAUACCGACAUGUAGUGGAGGAGCUGCUGUCUCGAAGCGGAGCCCUGGGGAAGGAAACAGCCAAAGGCAUAGCAGACGCCGCCAUGUUGGAGGUGGCCAGUAUCUCCAUGGGUCACAUGGAGCCGGAUGAGUUUUACGAGGGGAUCACAUUUGAACAUUUCCUGAAGAUAUUGAAAGAUAUUGAGAUCGAGACAAGAAUGAACAUUCGCUUUUUGAAUUUGGACACGACCACCCUGUGCAAGUGAUCUUUGACUUUUUCUUUUACUAUAUUUUGUGAUAGUCUGUCAUUUUAUUAACUGGCCGGUUAAGGCACACUUCAAACACUGACUAACUAUAAGCAAAGCUUUGAUAUGGAUUGGUUUGGUGUUAGGAAGUUUUGAUCAGGGAAUGUUUAAAGUAACUGUUUAGUGAACCAGUGGAAGGUGCACUGUUUGUUUACAUGGCAGUGGAUACAAUAUCCAACUCUGCUUAUGCAAAUUAAUAAACACAAUCAGAUGUUUUUUGUCUACGAUAUUGCUAGUAGAAUCCACUGAAGCAGUUUAUAUGUUGGAAAACUACAGUAGUUGACUUGGUUACCAGUUAAACAGACUCGCUAGCAUAACUUACAAAACAGCUCAAGAAUGAACUUAAUUGACUCAUAUACUACGCAUUAUCGGGAAAUAAUGCACUGUUUAAAUCUAAUGUAUAAAAUAAUGCACACUUUAAAUGUAAUAUAUAAAUCUUUUAAGCCAGUCAGAACCAAAAUAUUCCAUGGUAUGAAAUCCAAAACCUUUUGAGAACAGGAUGCAUGUUCAUCCCUCACAAAAUGCAAUUCACAACCUGCACCUAAAACUAAAGUCAAGCAAACGGAUGAAUAAAUGCUCCAUCUUGGUGUACUUGCAUUCAUAUUUUUUAUGACCUGUAUUUGUCCACAGAUUUCCAACACAGAAAAGCUGCUUAUCACAAUAGUUUAAAAAAAAGCAUUAGAUUGUGAUUAUUCUAAGUAAUAAUAUUUUGAAAUCUUGAAACACUGGACAGUUACUUUAUGCUUCAACAACCUACAGUAGUAGGUUCUAACACUCACCAUGUUUCGGGAAUGUCUUUGCACGUAUGAGUAACUAUGCAAAAAUAUACAGAUUAACAGUAGGUAUGUUAUGAAUUUAGCAUGCUAUUUUGACAACCUGUAUCUGUCACUGUAUAUUGUGUGUGAAAGUCUAAACAAUGCACUCAAUUAUAUCAAUCAAUUAUUCAGUCAAUAGCAAUGCAAUACACCAGUAAUAAAACAUAUGCAAUGAAGUGAAUGCCAAAAAUGAAACUCCAUUAGUAAACACCUAUGUUUCUAAGGCUGUGUGGAAUGAGAUACAAAUGUUUGCACGAGGGAAAUCGAGGGCACAUACAUUGUAUUCCAUUAUGCACACCAAAACCAUUGCUCUGCCACUGCCCAUCAAUGUUGAGUCAGUCCAGGUUGCAUAAAAAAGGUACUUAUUCCUGAGGUGUAACCUGCAUGUUAGUAUGUUAGUCAUCAUGGUUUACAGUAUAGCUAACUGUACAUUUUCCCAAGCUUUGGCAACAACCUCCUCAUAUUGAGGUUGGUAGUUUCCAGUCAAAUGUGCAUCAGACAUGUAAAUGUUUUGAGAAUCAAGCCAACUUUAGCAUUUGUUGGCUAUUGAGAUUGGGAGAAGUAAAUGGAGUCAGUUCUUAUUUAACUUGUCUCUGCUGCCCACGAGAGGCAAAAAACUGUGAAAUGUUUUUGAUUUCCACAUUUCAUCAUCGCAAGGCUCUACCACUAUUGAUGUUAUUUAUGUUUUUCUUGAAAUGCAUGAAUGUAACACACGCUGCACAGUUAUUUGACUUCCAUUAUGAUAUAUAUCUGAUUGUCCAUAAUUUAUCGAAACAUGACAAAAUGUCAUAGAUUCAUUGGAUGAAAUUGGUUACCAUUACACCUUUUUGGCCUAAAUCAUUUACAGAUAAAGAUGUAUUUUAAGUAUGCACCAGUAAAUACUGAAGACCCCCAACGUAUUGGUUGCUAUCUAUAUGUUAGCUCAUUUUUGUUUGAAUAUAUAUGUUUAUACUGUAAUAUGAAAUAUUUUCAUGCUGGGAUAUUAUUACAAUGAUGUGAUUUUCUUUUUAUUGAGAUAACAUUAAAAUAAUAAUGAAAAACCUCUCUUGUAACAGUGCAUGAUCUUGCUGUUAAAUUGAAUGAUAAUGUAGAAAUGUUUUGUUUUCUUUCACAUUCUUAGGGAUUAUAACAACAUGGUUUAAAGACAGUUACAUUCUCAGACAGCUAUGGAGUGCAAUCUAUAAUGAAGUGUGAAUUUGCUUGGAUCUUAAUCAACAUCAAAGUGCAUUUACUGUACAUAAUAACGUUUGCAAAAACCUAUGCUUUCACAAACUUGAAUGUUUCCCACAAACCUCAGUUAAAGUGUAACUCCUGAGUUAAAGUGUCUGCUGUGGUGAAGGGAUCUCCCUCCUACCUUACUUCACCUCACACAUAACAACACACACCACAGACCUCAGUGAUCAUCCAACAUAUUUUUCAUCAGUUCUAACUAACCUACAUACUGACCUAAUUUUAUUUUGUGCACAUUCUUGUAAAUGGUGGUUGGUUUACCGUACUUGACUGUACAGUAAUUGGAGUUCAUUUGUAGUUUAUUAAAUGUAAAAGAAGAAAGAGCAUGAGCUGACUGACUUUAGGCUGAGAGUUUCCCUAUUUUCCCUAUAAAACCUUUCACUUUUUGGGGGGAUAUUAAAAAUGGCAGGAUUUAGAGGAAGACAAGUAGUUGCUGGGGAUGUAUGUGAAUUAUUUGUGUUUCAGCAAUCAUUUGAGAUUUUGCCC